ACAGACAUGACAUCAAUGAUGGCAUCACUGAGUCGGAUAACUCUUCAUUCGCGAGGAUCAGUCAAUCGGUUAUUACAAAUGAGGCCAAACAAUCAAUUGGUGGCCAAUCGGACGUUUAAGUUAUGGUACGAGAAGACACUAAAGUUGAUGUAUAACAGGAGCCGACUGUUGAAUGCCGUUAAAUCACCACUUUUUCAUCGCAAUACUAAACAAGAAUGGAACAUUAAGGCAGAACUGUUUGCUUUCAAUCAACGACUUCAUGAAAAUAUCAGCGAAGAAAGUCUUAAGAUUGCGUUCACUCAUCAGUCGUAUGUCGACAAAGAAGUCAAACAACGACAACAACUCGGUAUUAGUGAUGUCUCCAUCAAUGUCAAGGAUAACAAUCAUUUCAUACAAAUUGGACAAAAUAUUUGUAACUCUUAUAUCAAACCAUAUUUAAGACAUUUUCUGCCGCGACUUCCUGAGGAAGGAAUACAAGCGAUCUAUGAUUAUCUGAUGUCUGAAGAAGUGCUUUCAGAUGUCGCCAAAUGGAUCGGUUGUAUUGAUUUGGUCUUAUGUGAGGACUUUCCACCAAAAGAGUCCUCAUUAGCAAAGACUACACUUUCCAUUGUCGGUGCUAUUGCUGAAGAUAAUGGAGUGAAAAAGGCUAAUAAUUUUGUAUUAGAUUUCAUAUUAACUUAUAUACUAAACAAAGACGUCCUCGAAAUAUGGCAAAUCCCUAAUCCGAAGUUUCAAUUAAGAAAUAUUCUUAAUCGACAACAACUAUCAGAACCCGAGUAUAGAUUGCUUCGGGAAAGCGCUUCCGGUACUAUUGAGGCCUGUUAUGUGGUCGGCAUUUAUGUAGACAAACAAUUAAUUGGUUCGGCACCGGGAGAGACAAUAGAGUUGGCCAAACAAAUGGCAGACUUAGAUGCACUCAGAAAUCUAUUUCAUUUAAAGACUUCUCAGAUGUUAUUCAAAUUUGGUCCCAAAGCUUAUGAUAUUGAUUUGAGUCAAACAAAACGUGAAUCGCUUUAUUUAAGUGAAUGGUCACCAAAUUCAUUG